AUUCUCUGACUUUUAGCUUUCUGAACUGUUCUUCAAUGCAUUUUCAAAGAUCGAUCACAGUUUGUGUUUUACUCAAAUACACUCUUGCAUGCAUACCUACACAGCAAGUGGAUUCAAAUUCUCCUGGUGGAACAGGUGGAACAGGUGGAACAGGUGGAAAUGGGGUCACCACAACUUCAGCGUUAAGCACAACAACAGCUUCCACUACCACCACCACUACAACCAUUGCUACAACUACCACGACAGUUACUGAAGAACCAUUUCCAUGCACCGUUUGCCAGAAAGCUUAUGAUACAAGUUGCAAAGGGUUUGGUAUUCCAAAUUUGUUACAAUGGUGUCCCACAGCUGCAGAACUUGGAAUUAAAUACAUUGUUGGCUUGCUCCCCCUUUUCCCUUUUUUACCGUCAGAUACUUGCUCCACAGUAGUAAUCUGUCCAUUGGGGACUACUGUUUUCUACUCAUUUCUAGGCCUCGAGACUCCAGGGGUUUCCCCAAUUAUUGCUUGGUGCAAACAGUCAGGGCCGGAUGCUGGAAAUUGGUUCACAGGGACUGAAUUUUUAAAGUUUCAAUUGGUUUCUUUAGUCUGUCGCCCAAUUAUAAGUGGUUAAAUAAGUUUACGACUAAUAUUGAAUUCCUUAGAUUUCACUUAUUUUAGUGCUGAUAAUAAUUAACUUUUGAAUAAAUUGUUUUCAAUACAGGAGAAA